AGCGGCACGAAUGGGCGGGGACCUGUGCCUGACUGGCUGGCUGGGAGGGGGGUUGGCGGGGGCGGAGGCCCCCUCCCGGCGGCGCUGAGGCUAUAGCAGUUAGAGGCCCUGAGGGGAGGGGAGAGUGGCAGGCCGAGAGGAGAGGAGCCAAUAUAUAUAAGGAAGGCUCCCCAGCGCGCAGGUUUCAGUAGCGGCGCUGGGCGCAGGCUGGGAACACGAGGCAAAGAGCCACAGCUCCAGCCGCCUCAGUGCAGUGUACUCCGGCACUAGCAGGCUUGCAGCCCCAGGAUUAGCUGGAGGACACGUCCUCUGCGUGGCCGCCGCCCAGCCGCCCUCACCUGGAUUACCUACCGCAGCAGUCUCAACGGAACUAGCGAGAAGGCGAGGCGGCAGGAAAGCUCCGAGCGGAGCCUGGCUUUUCAGAGACUCCUCCCGCGGGUGGACGCACGGGCAAACAGCGUCCCGACCCGAGCCAGCUUCUGGGCGGGCGGGUGGAGAGAGCGACGCCCCAGGGAAUGGCAGCCGCGUCCCGUAGCGCCUCUGGCUGGGCGCUACUGUUGCUGGUGGCACUUUGUCAGCAGCGCGCGGCCGGCUCCGGAGUCUUCCAGCUGCAGCUUCAGGAGUUUGUCAACGACCGCGGCGUACUGGCCAGCGGGCUGCGGUGCGAACCCGGCUGCCGGACCUUCUUCCGAGUCUGCCUGAAGCACUUCCAGACGGUCUUCUCGCCCGGGCCCUGCACCUUCGGCAGCGUCUCCACACCUGUGUUGGGCACCAACUCCUUCGCCAUUGCGGACGACAGUAGCGGCGGGGGACGCAACCCUCUCCAAUUGCCUUUCAAUUUCACCUGGCCGGGCACCUUCUCACUCACCAUCGAAGCUUGGCACGCGCCGGGAGAAGACCUGCGGCCAGAGGCCAUGCCACCAAACUCGCUCAUCAGCAAGAUCACCAUCCAGGGCUCCCUAGCUGUGGGCCAGAACUGGUUAUUGGAUGAACAGACCGACCCUCUCCCAACAAGGCUUCGCUACUCUUACCGGGUCAUCUGCAGUGACAACUACUAUGGAGACAGCUGCUCACGCCUGUGCAAGAAGCGCAAUGACCACUUCGGCCACUAUGUGUGCCAGCCAGAUGGCAGCCUGUCCUGUCUGCCGGGCUGGACCGGAGAGUACUGCGAACAGCCUGUCUGUCUUUCUGGCUGUCACGAACAGAAUGGCUACUGCAGCAAGCCUGCCGAGUGCAUCUGCCGCCCAGGCUGGCAGGGCCGCCUGUGCAACGAAUGCAUCCCUCACAAUGGCUGUCGCCAUGGCACUUGCAGCGUCCCCUGGCAAUGUACCUGUAACGAGGGCUGGGGAGGCCUCUUUUGUGACCAAGAUCUCAACUAUUGCACCCACCACUCCCCAUGCAAGAAUGGGGCAACGUGCUCUAACAGCGGGCAGCGGAGCUACACCUGCACCUGUCGCCCAGGCUACACUGGUGUGGACUGUGAGCUGAAGCUCAGCGAGUGUGACGGCAACCCCUGUCGCAAUGGAGGCAGCUGUAAGGACCAGGAGGAUGGCUACCACUGCCUGUGUCCCCCGGGCUACUACGGCCUGCACUGCGAACAUAGUACCUUGAGCUGUGCCAACUCCCCUUGCUUCAAUGGGGGCUCCUGCCGGGAGCGCAACCAGGGGACCAGCUAUGCCUGUGAAUGCCCUCCCAACUUCACUGGCUCCAACUGCGAGAAGAAAGUGGACAGGUGUACCAGCAACCCCUGUGCCAAUGGGGGCCAGUGCCUGAACAGGGGCCCGAACCGCAUUUGCCGCUGCCGCCCUGGAUUCAUGGGCCCCCACUGUGAACUCCAGAUCAGCGACUGUGCCCGAAGCCCUUGCGCCCACGGUGGCACCUGCCAUGACCUAGAGAAUGGGCUCGUGUGCACCUGCCCUGCUGGCUUCUCUGGCAGGCUCUGUGAGGUGCGGACAGCCAGCGAUGCCUGUGCCUCGGGACCCUGCUUGAAUGGGGCCACCUGCUACACCGGCCGCUCCCCCGACGGUUUCGUCUGCAACUGCCCCUAUGGCUUCGCGGGCAGCCGCUGCGAGUUUCCUGUGAGCAUGCCUCCCAGCUUCCCCUGGGUGGCUGUCUCCCUGGGCGUGGGGCUGGUGGUGGUGCUGGUGUUGCUGGGCAUGGUGGCAGUGGCCGUGAGGCAGCUGCGGCUCCGGCGGCCAGACAACGGCAGCAGGGAGGCCAUGAACAACUUGUCAGACUUCCAGAAGGACAACCUGAUCCCUGCUGCCCAGCUCAAGAACACAAACCAGAAGAAGGAGCUGGAGGUAGACUGUGGCCUGGACAAGUCCAACUGUGGCAAACAGCAGAACCACACUUUGGACUAUAAUCUGGCCCCAGGACCCCUGGGCCGGGGGCUCAUGCUGGGGAAGUAUUCCCACAGUGACAAGAGUUUAGGGGAGAAGGCGCCGCUGCGGUUACACAGUGAGAAGCCCGAGUGUCGGAUAUCAGCGAUAUGCGCCCCCAGGGACUCCAUGUACCAGUCUGUGUGUUUGAUAUCAGAGGAGAGGAACGAGUGUGUCAUUGCCACGGAGGUAUAAGGCGGAAGCUUCCCAGGACAUCCCAGCUUUGCCCAGCAGCUGGACCUUCCUUCUGCAUUGUUUACAUUGCAUCCUGGAUGGGACAUUUUAAUAUGCAACGUGCUGCUCUCAGGAAGAAGAGGGAAUGGCAUAAAAUGGACAGACUGUGAACUUGCCAAGAGAUGCAGUACCUUCCACACCUUUGGGUGUCUGUCUGGCAUCAGAUUGGCAGCUGUACCAGCCAGGGGAACAGAGGAGAAGCGAGGUGCCACUUUGGACCCGCCCUGCCAGUGGUGGCCUUCCGAGGGCUCCUUGGGAGCUCUGGCCUGUUCUCCCGAGGGAGCGGCAGGGCCCUGUAGGGCCUGGAGCUGCUGUGGCUUCACUGACAUCUGUGUCAAAAAGUGCCUUUGGCCCAGGCUCCAUGGUGACAGCUGAGUCCAAACCAGAGAGAAGAGAGGAGGCCAGCAAGGGCAGGGUCACCUGUGGGCCAGGAAACCAUCAGGUGUGGCUGUUGGCAGGAGUUGCCCUGCAGGUGAGGUGCACACCUGAAGUGAGAGGAGCACUUUCUGCCUGUGUGCCUCCAACUACAGCGUGUGGGCCUUGUCGUAACACCACCCAGCUCAUCCCUGGCCCAGGCCCUCUGGGCGUGAACAUUGGUAAGCCCUACCUGGCUUCCACAGCCUCUGGCCUCCGGCGCCUCUGGGCUCCUAUGAGCAGACAGGUGGAGGGCCAGCCAGGGGGGCCGGGCCUAACUAGGGAGCUCAGGGCAGUGAGGUUGGAAAUUCCAGUGAGGGAGAAAUUGGGUGUCAUCAUCACCUAGGCCCUUUCCUCCCCGCUCAAGCCCAUUUCUAUGGCCUUGAGUCUGAGCUCUGCCCACACCCACUACUGCCCCUAGUCGGUCUUCAGAAAUCAAUAAUAUGAGUUUUUAUUUUGUUUGUUUUUUGUAGUUUAUUUUGGAGUCUAGUAUUUCGAUAAUUUAAGAAUCAGAAGCACUGACCUUUCUACAUUUUAUAACAUUAUUUUGUAUAUAAUGUGUAUUUAUAAUAUGGAACAGAUGUGUA